GCGCAUUUUUUAUGAUGGCGCUGCCCAAUUGUACUCCAUCACUUAUUGUUGAAACGUCUAUUAUAAAUUUAAUAGAAGAGAUUGAAAAAAAACCGGCGCUGUACAAAAAAAACUUGAAAGAAUACUCUGAUGUAAAUCAGAAAAAAAAAUUAUGGUUGGAAGUCUGUGAAGCAAUUAUUCCCAAUUGGAAUCAGCUUAGUGCCGAGGAUAAAACAAAACAAGGUCACAAUGUGCAAAAAAAAUGGGCUAAUUUACGGACUUGCUUUCGUCGGGAAUUGAACGCACAAAAGAACACAAAGUCAGGACAAGCUGCGACCAAGAGGCGUAAAUAUGUCUAUUUUGAGUAACUACUAUUUUUACUUCUGUUGCGCGUAGAGUAUUAAUUUUUGCUCUAGGCAAGAACGCCGGUUAAUGUUGUAAGGAAAAGGGUGCAAGUGAAUGAAUUCGACACUGUCGAUACUUUAGUUAACAAACCAGUUCACUUGGUGUACUUUAUUUCCGUCUUUAAUUUGUAAAGGACCCGUAGCGAAUUCGUCGCGAUUUACGGGAGUCGUUUCGUUCGAGGAGCGCAAAACGUAGUAGGACGUUUGUCGCGGCGUUGGUGUUUUUAUAAACUCUUCGACCGACGACAACGCCGAGCCGAUGGUGUUGUCGAGCACUAAUUAGAUAAGGUUUUAAAUUGUGGCGCUCGAAAUCCGGAACAACUUCCAUGCAUGGAAAAUCGACGAACGGAAGGAAACUUGGAACAGGAUGAUUCUCAAGAAAAUGAUGAAGAUGAUGACUUCCACUUCCACACCUAUUCCUCAGCGGAAGAAGAGGACUAAUGUACCGAAGCAAACGGAUUUGGACGAAGCAUUAUUAAAAGCUUAAAAGAGACUAAUACUGUUGAUGAAGAUACAAACUUUGCUUUAUAUCUUGUCCCUUCACUCCAGAAUUUAACAACAGAAGAAAAACUCGAUGCUAAGAUUGCUAUUCUUAACAUUUUUAAACAGAUAAGACUAGCCAGGCGUGUACAGACUACCCCUCAAUCAACAUGUAACUACAACAUAUUACAGCAGCCCUUGUCCUCUUUUCCCGUAUAUCAUCGAGGGACUAACAAUUUGCCACCAGCACAACCAUUAGUUUGUACAACCAGUUCUACUCCAUCCCCCAAUUUGCCUAUGGUUCCAUCACCAGGCAAUUCCAACGAUACAGUCCAGUCUUUAUUUUCUAAUGUUUCAAAUGAUUCGCAAAUAUACGACUUGUAAACAGUUUAAUUUUUCAAAAUGCUUACUUGACUUUAUGAUUUAAAAAAAUACUUAACUUUGUGAUUUUAAUUCUAAUAAAAAACAGUUAAUAGUA